AUGAAACGAACGGUCGUGUUUUUACUCUUUGCGGCGUGUUAUGCCCUCCCCGCGCAAGAAACUUCGCACACAGACAACGAUAUCGACGGAUUGACAGACUGCCUCCGCAAAGAAUCCACAACAUGUUUAAAGUACAAAUUUUUCUCCUUCGUCGACAAAAUGAUCGGACAGAAAGAAUCAUUUUCACUAACAGAUGGAGUGACUGUCGUUAAAUCAUCAGAUCUCCCGCACGACACAGGAGCACCGAGAUCUCUGGAUCCUGUUUCAAGACUGAAGAACUACUUCGAAACUCAUUCUUUGAGAGUGGAAGUCAAAGGAUCGGAUGUGAUUGAUGCAGUUUCAAGUGCAGGACGAGCUCUGGAGGAUACUGUGUCGUCGUUUACCGAGGAUAAUGAGGUAAGUGAGGGCAGAGGCAAGAAGAAGAAGGCUGCGAAGAUAUUGGGACCUCUGAUUGCUGCUGUGGCAUUGAAAAUGAUGGCGUUGAUGCCACUUGCAAUUGGAGCUAUUGCCUUGAUUGCUGGAAAAGCUCUGUUGAUUGGAAAGUUGGCGCUAGUUUUGUCAGCGAUAAUUGGGUUGAAAAAGUUGCUGUCUCAGCAGAAGCAUGUAACUUAUGAGGUUGUUGCCCAUCCGCAUCACACUUCGAGUCACGACUACAGCAGUGGAGGCACGAGCGGUUACGGAGGUGAUUCCGGUGGUAGUUAUAGUAGCAGCGGAAGCGGGGGCGGACACGGUGGAGGAUGGGGCCGAUCGCUCGAAGCGCAAAACUUAGCGUACCAAGCGCAGAAACCUUAA